AUGGUAAAAGGAAACGACUCCAAACCAGACGACAAUAGCUACAUCAAAGAGUUUGACUCUAGUGCGAGUACAACGGGGAUAUCUGCAUUCACCAGCUCCAGCGUUGCAAGCUCCUCGUACGAGUCAAGAUACGCUACACCACAGGUUGCGAUCAGAGAGCAGAGAGAUGUGAGAUGGUCCAAAGUACUCGUUUUCUGUGUCCUACUCAUGGCAGUAUCAGCUGUUGCUACUGCAACUUAUCUUAUUAUCAAUGAUGAGGAAAAGGCCGAGUUCGAGUAUCAGUUCUCCGGUUUCGCUUCCGAGAUUGUCACUGUUGCAAGGCAAAAGGCAGAUCAAAUAUUUGCCACAAUGGAUGUUCUUUCUGUUACGAUUGCGUCGGCCGCAGUCGCGACGAACUCGAGCUGGCCUUUUGUCAGCGUCCCUAACUGGUCCUACAAGCUUGAAGCCCUAACUACUUUGAUUGGGGGUGAAGAGCCCAUUAUUGCCUUUUCACCGAUUGUCGAAGAAUACCAACGGGGCAUGUGGUCUGGAUAUUCAACGCAAGAAGCAAGAAGAUGGUAUUCAGAAUCCAUUAGCGCUCAAAAGAAAAACUAUACAAUAGAGCUAUUGAUGAAUGGCACUUUGCCUUUCAUUCACUACUACGACGUUCAAAACAACUUUAUACCCACACCAGUGAUGGGUCCUGCACCGUCAUUACCGGCGUGGGAACAGUACCCCCUUACCACUGGGCAUCGCAACACGAUGUACACCAACUAUGAUAUGUUACAGUUUCCGCAAGUAGCGACGCUAUUCCACAUCACCAAUGCGACUCGAAGACCAUCCAUGGAUUUCAAUACCGAUAUCAGGGAAGCCGCGAACUCGAUCAUGCAACCCAUUUUCGAAGGCGUCGACUUGGAAUCCGAAGACUCGAAGAUGGUGGGAGUGGUUUGGCUGACCAUGAAGUGGCUCGACUACUUCCAAAACCUUCUCGUUGAAGGUGUCGAUGGAAUAGUAAUUGUUCUCCGUAGCAGCUGCUCGAGGGUCAGAUACGAGUCCAUGGAUCCCUCCGAUCAAGAUCCGACCAACACUGUCGUUUCCUAUCUGAUCAAUGGUCCCAACGCUGAGUAUCUUGGCGCCUUCGAUGCUCAUGAUUCUCAGUACAAUGCUCUGGAAGUCACCAAAGUUUUAGUGGACCUAGACGUGGACGAAUCCAAGAUCCCAGAGGGCAACUGUAUCCCCAAGUUGACACUACAUCUUUACCCUACAGAAGACUUUGAGGCGAGAUACCUGUCCAACAAGGCACUGUACUACACUGGCGUGGUGAUGCUUAUCUUUGCCUUUACCAGUAUGGUCUUCUUGCUCUACGAUUAUUUUGUUUCACGGCGACAACGGAUGGUGAUGAAUCGCAUCAUCAAACAAGACAAAAUUGUUUCGAAUAUGUUCCCGACAGCCAUUCGAGAGCGACUCUAUGACGCACAAAAGCAAAGGCCUCAAGAUGAUCUAAUGGAUCCGAUGGACUUUGAAGGUCAAACGAACAACCUCACCGAAGCGCCUCUCGCUGACUUGUUCCCAAACACUACUGUAAUGUUCGCGGACAUUGCUGGCUUCACCGCAUGGUCUUCCGCCAGGGAGCCUUCGCAGGUCUUCAUCCUACUAGAGACCAUAUACGGAGCCUUCGACAAGCUGGCAUAUCGAUAUGGCGUGUUCAAGGUAGAGACGGUUGGCGAUUGUUACGUGGCGGUAGGGGGUCUGCCGGAACCCGACAAAGAUCACAUGGUAGCUGUCGCCCGUUUUGCUAGAGGAUGUAUGAAGAAGAUGAAGGAAGUGACAGCCAAAUUGGAGAUGACACUGGGUCCAGACACAUCUGACUUGAACCUGAGAAUCGGUAUGCAUAGUGGGCAGGUGACUGCUGGCGUCUUGAGAGGUGAACGCAGUAGGUUCCAGCUUUUUGGUGAAACAAUGAACACGGCCUCUCGAAUGGAGAGUAGUGGAGAGCCUGGAUGCAUUCAGCUGUCAGAAACGACUGCGAAUCUUUUGAUGGCUGCAGGACUGUCAAAACUGGUACGACCAAGAAGCCACAAGAUACAAGUGAAGGGAAAAGGAGAGAUGCAAUCGUACUGGCUGCAAACCGCACGGCAGCAGCGAAACCCAAAGAUGGUUCCUCGGCUGAAUUGCCUCUCUGAAAGUGGCGACGAGAAUGAAGAAGCUCCGCUGGCUGCUGGGAAUGAUGACGACGAUUGGUUCUGGUCCCAAGACAGCGCAGAGGAAACUACCAAGUCGCAACGACUCGUCGAAUGGAACCUUGAAAUCUUGAGCACCUUGUUGCAGCAGGUAAUUGCAUCAAGAAAUGGUCAAGUGAAGAGUAUUGAGUCGCUCUCUUCGAUGGAGCACGACAUUGGGAAGGGCAGUGUUGUUCUCGAUGAGUUUGUUCCCAUCGUUCCAUUGAAGAGGUUCGAUCCUGAAGAACUCCGAGUGCGGAAAGCAACAGCUCAAGUCCACAUCAGCGAAACAGCAACGCUGCAGUUGCGACUCUACUUGUCCAACGUGAUGUCAAUGUAUCGAGACAACCCAUUCCACAACUUUGAGCAUGCUAGCCACGUGACUGCUAGUGUCAAGAAACUGCUCAUGCGGAUUGUUGAUUUGGACGAGGGAAAGGUAUUCCGCCGUGAUGGCUCUGACCGCAGUGUAGAUCUGGUGAAUUUAGCAGGCCACUCUUACGGUAUUACAUCGGAUCCAAUGACACAGUUCGCGGUUGUUUUCUCUGCCAUCAUCCAUGACCUAGACCAUCCCGGCGUCCCCAACGCUCAGCUGCUCAAAGAGCAAACCAGAACGGCAAAGCUAUACCAGAAAUCUAUUGCAGAACAGAAUAGUGUCGAUCUUGCUUGGGGAAUGCUCAUGAGCCCAGAGUACGACGGGCUUCGAGCUUGUAUCUAUCAGACCGAAGAGGAACUUUUUAGGUUUCGACAGCUGGUGGUGAAUACAGUGAUGGCGACUGACAUUGUUGACAAAGGAUUGCAAGAACUCCGAAAGGCCCGGUGGGAGACGGCCUUUGCUGAGACUGCCCCCUGCACUGGUCAUGAAGGUGACGUUGAGAGAGAGGAUUGCAAGGCGACCAUCGUGAUCGAGCACUUGAUUCAGGCCUCAGAUGUCUCUCACACGAUGCAACAUUGGCAUAUCUACAAGAGGUGGAACGAGAAAUUCUUCAUGGAAUGCUACGGAGCCUUCAAGGCUGGCCGGGCGGAUGUGGAUCCUAGUAUCAAUUGGUACAAGGGAGAAAUUGGCUUCUUCGACUUUUACGUGAUCCCUUUGGCAAAGAAGCUACACAGCUGUGGUGUGUUUGGGGUGUCUUCCCACGAGUAUUUGAACUAUGCCAUGGCAAAUCGUGAGGAAUGGGUUCGUGAGGGGGAGAAGCUCGUUGAAGAAUACUUGAAAAUAUGUUCAUCACAGUGGGAGGACUAG